AUGGUAUCUAUUCCUUCUCAUGGCACCGAGGCCUUAAUCUCAACCCUCUCCGCUUGGGAUUGGGUAACAAUUGAUGGCCUCCAACUCCCAGCAGUCUCCAGAAACCAGGAACGCUAUGUGGCCGUUCACAUGGUUCAACUCAAGCUUCUCAGCAAAUUCCCAUCGGAUAUUCCAUCGGAAAUCACUAGAAAAUUCACAAUGAACUCAUUCAAAAUGAGUGUAGCUGAAGCAUGGACAUUCAAUUCUAUAAAUGCGGUAAUUCGAAAAUUUGAUCUUGGAUGUCAAUUGUUCACCGCGGAUGAUGAAUUGGUCAAGUUGAAUGAUGUUCAGAUGUUUUAUUGGAAUGUGAAGCUGUUGAAUUUGAAUCGGGUUAAUAGGGAAUAUGAAAAGGCGAUUCUGGAAGCAGAAACCAAUAUUCAAUUGCUGGCAACUGCAAUGCAAUUGAAAGAACAAGUUGAACGGGAUAUUCAGGCAGUCCGUGCAGAACUUGGUCGACUUGGCGCAAAUCUUGACUUGGCAAAAAUUUAA